AUGACCCCAGACGACGGAGACACGCAGCCCGAAAAGAACAAACUGUACACAUUUGCCAGUCUUCGCAAUAUUUUGGCUGUUCCGUCCUCCAGUCGUUGGUAUAACUACGCCGGAAUGGCACGAUGCCCACCGCAGACACCACAUUUCGCCUAUUCGGUCUUGGUGCCGGAUGAACAAGCCAUAUCCUCAUCGACCAGAGUAUCGCCGUCCAGCCUGACGCCGGCGCGCACGAGAAGGACACUCCUCGCGAGUCCUGGGGUCUCUAGUCCGAGGCUCUGCACGCCUCAGCAACUGGUCGAAGCAUUUGCGCUGCUGCUGGACAUGGUCGUGCGCCCAACGAUUACUAUCUUUGCGCCUCGUGGAGAUCCCCGCCGGCACCGAGAAUACUCCGGCACCCGCAGUCAGGGUCCAAAGCACCAGCAUGCAGUCAUCGGCCGAUAUGGUUCGGCAGUUGAAAUUGCAACUCCAGCUGGACACGGCAAGUGCGUUUCCGCCGAUCUGGGGCAGGUCGCGGGACAUGGCUACACCUUCAGGCAAGCAGCAGCAACACUGAUUGCAUCAUCAGCCUCAUCCACCGUGAUCUACGACGCAGCCUCCGUCCUGAAAACCAGGAGCGGAGACAGUCUUGUUGCCCCUCAUGGCGGGCUGCAUGUGAUUCCCGUGCACGACCCGGUGGUUACUCUAGCGCUACUGGGGAAGAUCUGA